AUGGAAGACCAUGAACCGGAGCGAGGCUUCCUGGGAGGCCCCUCCGGCCCUUGGGUUCCAAAUCCCAUCUUUCAGCCACUUCGAGAUGCAAGACAAGCCGCGCUGAAUUCGCCUCGUUCUGAACACUUGCUCGAUUUAGACGGCAACUUAAGAACACUUAGCCCGAGACCAGACCUCUCCUCCCAACGGCUUGCACCACCUCAUCGCAUAUAUGGGAACAUGAGAGUUCUGCCACCACCCGGACCGGACAGGCCCAACACCGGUUACAACAUCGAAGUCCUGCAUCCCAUGAGCUCUAGAUCGAUCUUUGACCCAAUUCCAAGCAAUUGGCCCCCGUUUCCCCGACUUGGGGAUUUCAAUGGAGGACAACAACCCCCGGCACAGCCACAAUCACAGUCACAGCUCGGAUCCUCCAACACUUCUGAUCCAGGAACUCAGGCUCCGUCCCUUGCUUCUCUCUUCACGAUGCGAACUCGAGAUGGUUUAGAACUCAUGGACCAAGAAGACCUGCGUAGAAUACCUGUGCGUGGAGGAAAUAAUACGGGUCCUAGACGACUACCAUCCCAUGAUCGCUUCGAUGACUCAUUCCAAGAAUCCCACACAGCCUAUAGCUCAGAUCAUGAUUCAUAUCAUGAUUCACUCUCCGAUUCCUCAAAUACCACCCAUCUUCUUCAUCGUCAGAUAGAUACUCAUAUCAACCACAAUGGUACUGGAGUCAGACCACGACAGCGUCGCCUGCACCGCCGUCGACACUCACCUCGGCCAAUCAUUACUAUGCCUUGCUCGGUAUGUUUAGAGGACUUCCCAGAAGAUGACCUUCUCCAUCUCGAAUGCGCAUGUGAAUACUGCAAGGACUGUCUGAACGGGGCUUUUCGCGUUGGCUGUGCCAGUAUGACUUCAUUCCCGCCUCGAUGCUGUGGGAAACCACUCCGAUCCAUGGUGUGGGCCAGCUACCUUGACCCCGAUGUUCUUGGAAGAUACAAUGAGAUUGAAGCUGAAUUCACCACUCAUCGCCCUCUUUACUGUGCACAGAAAAGAUGUUCCGAAUUCAUCCCAGAUCAAAGACAUCUUGACGGACAAGAAGCUGGACGUUGCCCCGAAUGCCACACGGUGACGUGCAAAUUAUGCAUCAAAGGAAAAGAGGCACAUAAACAGUGGGAUCUCUGUCGUCGAAUAUGCCCCGCCGAAGAUAAAGAUGAAACUGCACUGUAUGAUCUCAGUAUGCGACAGAAAUGGCGACAGUGUCCAACUUGCUUCACCAUGGUGGAAAAGACAGACGGAUGCAACCACAUGGAUUGUGUUUGUGGACUCGACUUCUGUUACACCUGUGGCAAGCGCUACGAUGGAGAGGGUGCAUGUGACUGCGAUGGGGAGUGGGAUGGAGAAGGGCCACCAGAUGAUGAGAAUAACGACGAGGAAGAAGAUUGGCCCGAUUUCCGUGCAGCCGUCGAUAUGCUAGGAAGACCUACAUGCCUCCAUUGGUCUACAGAUGCGGUUGGACUCGACAGCCCAGAAGCAUGCCAUGGCUGUCUUUCUUUAACGCAGGACCUUCAGAGCUGUACCGAUUGUCAUGUGGAGCUUUGUGAGAUGUGCUUGUCCAAUGUUCAAGGACUUGCCCGAAUCAAUGGGGAAGUGGACCAAGACCAUCCCAAUGAGGCUGACCAGCCUCGUGUCAACAACGCUCCUCGUCGCCUAGGCUUUCCUCGCUUCUUCCAACGACAACGCGCAUGA